UGAUGGCCGACGUGUUUUCCGUGACGAAUCGUAUCGGUCCACCCAAUUCCUCCAAUUCUUCCACACUCCACCUUCGAAAACAUAUCGUUCACGUCAAAAAUCUUCCCAAUCAUCAUUCCAGGGCUUCACCUCAUCAGUAGAUAUACCCUAGUUAUCUAAAUUCAUAAACACCAGGAUGUUGAGCCUCUGCCGACAGGCGCUCGUCGCCAACAGUCAGAAACUCGGAGCAAGAUCUCUAGGUUCCAUAAUCACAACUCCACAACCACCGGACAUUGCGCUAGCAAACGAGCCAGUGCUUACCUACAAGAAGAACUCACCGGAGCGUCAGGAGCUCGAAAAAACCCUCUCCCGUCUGUCCAAUUCCCUAGAAGACGUUCCCAUUGUAAUCGGUGAUGAGGAAAUCCGAACGGAUCGAGUGCAGUACCAACCGAUGCCGCAUAAUCACUCGAAAAAAAUCGCCAAGUACUAUCACGCUACUCCGGACUUGAUAAAACGCGCGAUAAAUGUCGCGACAAAAACGCAGCGCGAGUGGGAGCGAGUGGCGAUCGACACUCGAAUGAAAAUUUGGUUGAAAGCAGCUGAGCUCAUGUGCGGAAAGUAUCGACAAGAGCUCAACGCCUCAACGAUGCUUGGCCAGAGUAAAACCGUCAUUCAAGCGGAGAUAGACUCCGCAGCAGAACUCAUCGACUUCUUCAAGAUCCACUCAUACUUCGUUAAAGACGCCCUCAAAUACAAACCCAUCUCUCCAAAUCCUUCAGAAACUCUCAACUCCAUGAGAUACCGGGGAAUGGACGGCUUCAUCGCCGCUGUUUCUCCCUUUAAUUUCACAGCAAUCGGUGGCAAUCUUGCAUACACACCUGCACUGAUGGGCAACGGCGUCCUCUGGAAGCCCUCCGACACCGCAAUUUUGUCAAACUGGACGAUCUUUAAAAUUUGUCGUGAGGCUGGGGUUCCACCGGGUGUCGUGAACUUUGUUCCCGCACAUGGUCCCGAUUUCGGGAACACCAUCACCGCAUCUCCCUACCUUGCAGGCAUCAAUUUCACGGGAUCGGUGCCGACAUUCAACAGAUUGUGGACGCAGGUGGGCCAGAACAUCAGCGUCUACAAGAACUACCCAAAACUUGUGGGAGAAUGCGGUGGGAAAAACUAUCAUUUUGUCCAUCCGAGUGCGGAUGUUCGGUCUGUCGUCACUGGAACAAUUCGCAGUGCAUUUGAAUACAACGGGCAGAAGUGUUCUGCGUGUAGCAGAAUGUAUGUGCCGAGGUCACUCUGGGGAGAUAUCAAAAAAGGACUGAUCGAGGAGAGGGAAAACUUGAAGGUCGGCGAUGUCCAGGACUUCAGUGUCUUCACAUCGGCGGUAAUCGAUGCCGCUGCCUUCAAACGCAUCUCCGGAUACAUCGAACAUGCGAAAAAAUCUAAUCAGCUGGAGAUUAUCGGGGGUGGGGGCUACGACGACUCGGUGGGGUACUUCGUCCAGCCCACGAUCAUCCAGACGAAGGAUCCCAAGGAUCGUAUCAUGACAGAGGAGAUCUUUGGUCCCGUAUUAGCAAUUUAUGUUUAUGAGGAUUCGAAGCUCGAGGACACGAUGAAACUCGUGGAGAGUUCGACUCCAUAUGCUCUGACUGGCGCUAUCUUCACGCAGGACGAGGAGUGGGCCAGGAAGGCUCUGGAGGAGUUUAAGUAUACUGCUGGAAAUUUUUAUGUCAAUGAUAAGAGCACUGGGUCUGUUGUUGGGCAACAGCCAUUCGGUGGAAGUCGCAUGUCAGGAACCAAUGAUAAGGCUGGUGGACCACAUUACGCCCUUCGUUGGGCUAGUCCGCAAAGUGUUAAAGAGACUUUUGUUCUAUUAUUUUUGAAUGCGCAAAUAUUCAAAUUUUUUUACUCCUUUACCAUUGAUUCAGACGUCUCGGAAGUAGAACGAAUAUUGAAAUGCGAAGAAAACUUUGGACUAGGAAUUAUCAGCCAAGAAAGGCACAGAAAUUCUUAAGAGUUGGUUCAGAAAAUUUAUCGUUCAUAGAAACACUGCAUCUGCUCGUACUGUUAAAAUAAUUUUUAAAUAAUCAUUAGAAAUCAUUUGUCUCGUCAUGUUCUCUGAGAAUUUGCUUUAUGCCACUCCUAUGGGAUUAAUACAUUUUUUAAGACAUCUUUUCCAUAUUAAUUUUUUUUUUUAGUAAAACUUUAUAGAUUGCGCAAAAUUUUCUUAGUGUUUCAAUAAUUACUUUCUUCGUUCAUUUUCUAGAUUUCUUAAUGGAACUACUAUGAGUUUUGUGGUCAUUGGAAGACUAGUCCAUCAUGAUUAUAUAUUGUUAGACCUGUAAACAUAUUUGCAUUACGUUUUACAUCUUUUUUCGAGCGAAGAAGCGGUCCAAUGGUCUCCAUUUUUGGGAUAAUAAGUUUUUAUCUCCCAAAACUUAACAAAAUGCAGGAAAACAGUCAUGAGGUUCGUCUUCCAAAGUCGAAUUUAGUAAAAGGUAAUUCUGUUUUUUUUUAAGGCUCGGGUGGAUUAUCGAGAAAAGAUAACUUACUCCGAAAUUCGGAUUCCU